GCAGCUCUAUCAUAAGUGCUUAUAUUGGUUACAGGAGCGCGGUGUCUGUGCUGGGCUCAUUCUAGGCACAUCACUGAUAAGUAGCUGUCACUAUACUGAGCCGUCCAAGCAUGUUGUCAGAACAACCUGCAGAUAGCUCUCUGCUGCUUUUAUAGUGAUGGGACUACACAGAGGAACGAGUGUCUGAGGCAGAGAUGGAGCCCUUGCUACUGGUGGCCCCGAUUACCGCAUUAGAGUUUGUGGGUGACUUUCUUCUGGCGGGUGAAGGCCCUAAUCUAGCUGUUUAUAGCUUAAAAAGCGAUUCCCUUACGCCACGCAGGACUCCACAGAACGUGCUCCGGGGUUGUACUGUACAUGGGAUAAAGCCCUUUAGUGCGGCAGGCGUGGGAGUGGCAGAAUCUCUGCUGUGUGUGUUUGGGAGUAAAGCACUCAUCGUCCUGAAAAUAAGCAUCAUUGGGAAUGACAUAAACGUGUCCAGAACUUGUGAGCUCCGAGAGCUGCACGAUUGGAUAUGGGACGUUCAGUGGCUCGUAGAAGGCGCUCAGUCUGCUGCUCAUCUAGGUGUCGCCUUGGGCCACAAUUCUGUCGCCCUUUAUGACUAUAGCUAUGGAAGGGUCCUGAAAGAAGUUCACUGCUCUGAGAAGUGCAUCCUGUAUUCUGCCCACCUUGUGGGCGAGAAUUGGGACGGCCUUACGCUGGUCUCUGGGACGGUUUUCAACCAGCUAGUCAUCUGGAAUGUGUCUGAUGGAACAAAUCCUGAAGGAAGAGUAGAGCCUCGGAGGAGAAUAAGCGGCCAUCAAGGUGUAAUAUUUAGCAUAUUCUAUGAGAAGCAAAGAGGAAUUCUGGCUUCCGCCUCUGACGAUCGCAGCAUCAGGGUAUGGAAGGUGGGUGAUCUAGUGUACUCUGAUGGGGAAGUUCAGUGUCUUCAUGUGUUGUACGGGCAUCAGUCACGGGUGUGGUCAGUGAGACUUCUCCAAGACAACAUUGUCAGUAUCGGGGAAGACUCUGCUUGCAUUAUAUGGAGUUACUAUGGCGACAUUAUCCAUCGUUUCAAAGGCCACAAGGGUCGAGGCAUCCGAGCAGUCGCAGUUCAAGACCAGCUUGGUUGGGUAGCGACUGGGGGUGCAGACUCGGGUAUCAGGCUUUGGCACAUUAAAGAAAGAUCGUCCCCGUCUCCUGGGCUUUUAAACUUAAAUUUCAGCUCAUCUAAUGGCAUUGGAGCUCCAAAGGCAAUAGCAAUGGUGGAUACCCAUUGUGUUGUUGUCAUGACGGACACGGCUAGUAUAUACACUUACGAUUUUAUCAGCAAACGGUGGAACUUUGUAUUGGAGGAUGAGAACUACAGAUCAUACAGUCUCCUUGACGUGUAUAAAUCUUCAAGCAGCACCCUAUGUGCUAUAGGUAAUAUAACAGGCGGCGUAAAGGUCUUCUCUCUUUCACCUGUUCAGACUUACACAGAACUCAAGCCUCAUGAUGGUAAAGUGCACAGUUUGACUUGGGUUCCAGCAUCAUCUUCAUCUUCAGAGACCUGUAAUCUUUUCUCUUCUGGUGCCAAUGGUGUAAUAGUUUGGCUUCAAGUCAAGUGUGCGUCUGGUAACUUCAUCUCGGUCACGGAGCAAUGUCGGUUCAUUUUGCCGGCCUGUAAGCAUAGGUGGCACACUAGUAUAGCAUUUCUGCCUAAGGAGGACUUGAUGGUGUGCGGUGACCGGAGAGGGUCAUUGAUGCUGUUUCCUAAGAAGGUUGCUGGAGCACACGUGUCUUUGCAGAAUGACUGUGCACCAUCUAUGUGUAUCUCCAUAGACCUGGUGUCUAAGGGCGAACAUCUGAUUCUUGCAGAGUCCGUUCCACAAGCUCAAGAAGAAGGUCCUCUCUCUGUUCUGUUUGGAAUUCACGGCAAAUUAGGAGUAACAUCAGUCACUUGCCGGGAUGAGUUUGUGUACAGCAGUGGUCGAGAUGGCUUUUACCGCCAGCUGAAGGUAGAAGGAGGACAGCUCAUCAUGCUCCGCAAAUUGAAGUCUUACAAGGGAAUGGAAUGGAUUGAGCGUCUGUCCUUCACACCUGAUGGCGACUUAGAAGUACUCGGCUUUCACUCCACCGACUUUGUGAUUUGGAGUGUGAGAACCAACGAGAAACUCCAUUGCGUUCCUUGCGGGGGAGGACACAGAUCUUGGAGCUACAAGAAGGAAGGACCGAUGGAAGUGUUUGCCUAUAUCAAAUCUGGUGAUAUAUUUGCCUAUCAGAGUCAACCUGUUGAAAGACUUCAGACGGUAAUAAAGGAGCCCCUCCAUGGCAGAGAGCUGACCUGUGUUAAGUAUGCUGGAACGAUCAAGAAUCCCAAUAUGGAACAUCUUGAUAUUCUCAUUACAAGCAGCGAAGACACCACUGUUAGUGUAUUGUCCUUUAACAAGGUCUCCAAACAGAUAUGUUGUCUCUCUACCAUCAGCGAUCACCUCUCCAAUGUGAAAACCUUGGCGUUAGCUGGAACCAAACACGAAGAACAAGACAAUGCUGUCUUAUCCACUGUGCUGUUCACUGCAGGUGGUAGGGCUGAGAUUGAGGUCUAUCGUUUAAACCUCCAAGAGGCCGCAGGUUCUGUUACAUGUCAAGUCAUCCACUUGGCUUCCCACAGACUGGAUGAGCACUGGGAGAGAUUAAAGAACAAGCACAAAAUGGUCAAGAUGGACCCUGAAACCAGGUACAUGAAUGUAAGAGCACUGGAUCAGAUGUCGGACAGCGGAUCUCCCGCCUCCUCCUGUCUGUACCUGGCAGCUGCGUGCAGCGAUGGAUCUGUAAGGUUCUUUGUGAUGGGUGAGAAUUCUCGGCGGAUGAUUCUGGCAGCAGAGACUUUUUACCACCAGCGCUGUGUGCUGAAAGUAGAGACCUUUGUGCACAAAUCGGCCAACUCUUCCAGAGUUAUGCUGUGCAGCGCGGCUACGGACGGCUGCAUUGCAUUUUGGGAUAUAACUAGCACCGUUUCCAAUGCUGGUAGAAUGCUGGAGAAGGAGCAUUCAGAAGUCCAGCCUCAGGACCUAGGAACACUCUGCCUCACCGUCUCCGCUCAUCAGUGUGGCAUCAACAGCCUCCACGUGCAGAGGACUACGGCUGGUCAUUAUAUGGUGGCCAGUGGAGGAGAUGACAAUUCCAUCCACAUCUGCUGGCUGACGUUGGACCACGUGCCUGAAGACGGUGAGACUGGCAGCGCUCAACUUCUUAAAUCGUUCUCUACCCCCUCCGCUCAUGCCGCCCAUGUCACCGGGCUGCGCAUCCUCAGGGAGGACCUUUUGGCGUCGGUGUCUGUGGACCAACGCCUGAUCCUGUGGAAUCUUGGGGACAGUAGUCUUUCGCACGCGGCCACCAGAUUUUGUCACGUGGCGGACGUGUCUGAGCUAGACUGCUGGGAGGAGCACUCUAAUGGAGGACACUUGUGUGUGCUCUGUGGACAAGGGCUGGAGAUCGUGAGGCUCAAAACACUAGGUGCCGGGAGAAACAUGUGAGAUUCUAUGUACAGAUGUAGGCAUGCUCAUCUUACUGCGGUGCGGCAUUUUGCAUCAUUGAAAUACAGUAUGUUUUUAAAAUAAAAAAAUACUAUUUAUAUUUCUCAGAGCUUUAUGCAGGUUUUAGCAACCAAACAGUAUAAUUAAUCACGUUGUCAGAACCCCUCUGCUUAAAUAAAUAUUAUUUUGGAA